AGGCUAAAUUUAUAGGAUUUAUAGCUCCUCUGUAUGUUUAGAGAAUAACAAUUUUGCUCCGCAAAAGGCAUAUAUUUAUAAGUUGUAUUUUUUUCUAUUGCCCAGGAUGCCUAUGUGGUUCUUUCCACAGCUCGGGUCGAGCAAUGAUGCAGCAUCCGAGAUUAAACCCAUUACAAAUAUUGCCCACAGCGGUUUUUUUAAUAAAGAUGAUGCCAAGGACCGUCGGAAGGGCGAAGGUGAUGUCGCAAGCUACACUUCUGAGUUUGACCGUCUUCGCAUUCCUCAGAGCGCCAUAGGUAGGCGAGAUGGGCGCAUCAACAACCCUGAUGUUGAAUCCAUUGAGUGUCUUCUUGCGCGAUUCGGUAAGGAAAUGAAUAUCGCUGAGGAGCUAAUAAGUAAAAAAAAGGAGACUAAAGCACGACUUGCGUUGCACAACUAUGAGGCUGACCCGCGAUAUCAGAUGUGGAGUGAGGACCGAAAAAAGAUGCUCAACCGACUACAAAUUCACUGGAUCGAUCAAAUCAUUGAUUCACCAUUCGAGUGUAUGGUUUACUUACUUCGAAUAACCACAACCGUAGGCCUGUGCUACGGCGUUGGUCGGACAUCAUAUCUAUAUCGUACGAUGGACAAGGUAUACGCAAAGCUUAACGGAGUUACACUUAGUCGGCUUGCUUUCCAAGAAAUCACGUUAGCAGUUACGAAAUCCUCUGGGGCAGCCUUUGCUGGCAUCGGUGGUGUUUUUAUAGGCAAAGUACUUAGUAGCUUAGCUUCAGUAGCAUGGAGUGGCGAAGUUUCAUCACCAGAUCGAGCGUGGUGGCAUGUAGCUAGCUGCGGGCUUGGGUGUGGUAUCAUGAGUGGAGCCUCAUUAGGGCUAAUGAAUUAUGGCAUGUUAACACCAAAAGGUAUAAAAAUGCUAGUAGGGAUGCUUGGGGGGGUAGGUGGUGCAGUUGGACUGUACUUUGGAUAUUUCGUGUACAAACCAUUUUCCGAAACACGAACUCAUCGUCUAUAUGAUGCAUAUUGGCAUCCAUGGUAUGAACGCAGGCUAAAGAUGGAUGGUGGUGGUAAUGUUCGUGGAUGACACGUUUAAGGGACUUCGUAGGCAAGGCUUCUGGAAUGCUUGGUAGCUAAAUUCGUAGAGGUUGUUGUUUGUUCUUCUUUUAGUAUUAUUAUUAUCACUAUCAUUAUUUUUCUGUUUUUCCCUCU